UUCGAUUUCUGUUCUUCAAUCUCUUCAACCGAUCUUCGAUUUCUGUUCUUCAAUCUCUUUGAUCUUCAAUUUCUGUUCUUCAUUUCUUCGAUCUUUCAUGGCGACUUCACAUCUCAAGAUUGACGGUAUUCUCGGUCUCAUCACGAUCCGGUUGAAGGAUGAUAACUUCUUGAAGUGGCGUUAUCAACUCGAGUCGGUUCUGGACGGGUACGAUCUCUUUGGCCAUUUUGAUGGCUCGAAUGUUGCACCGCCAAAAUUCGCAAUUUUGGAUGAGGAAGGUGUUACUUCUGAACUCACUGCAGCCUACAAGGCCUGGGUGCAGGCCGACAAAGCACUUCUUAGCUUGUUGAUUGCCACGCUUUCUGAUGAGGCGCUAGAAUAUGUCAUCGGUUGCAAGACGGCGCAUGAUGCCUGGUUGAAUCUGACGGAUCGUUAUGCCACGGUCUCUCGUGCUCGUAUCAAUCAUCUCAAAACCGAGCUUCAGACUGCACAGAAAGGCUCUGAAUCAAUUGAGAAGUUCUUGCUUCGCCUCAAACACAUUCGCGAUCAUCUUGCUAUCCCUGGUCUUUCGGUGUCCGACGAUGAUAUGAUGAUUGCAGCCUUGAAUGGCCUUCCUUCUAAGUAUGAUAUGAUUCGGACAGUCCUGGUUGCUCGUGACACUUCGCUUUCCUUCAAAGACUUUCGCAAUCAAUUGCUUGCGGCUGAACAGGCUGCAGAGGCACGCGUGCUUUCUUCUCAUGCACCUAUGGUUGGCAUGCUAAGUCAAUCCUCUCCCUCUGCUUCUUCCCAUGCCUUCUCUGGUUCUGGUCACGGUGAUGGUCUCCUUCCAACUCCUCCAGUGCCUCAUACUGCUUAUAUGAGUUCGCAGCCUUUUGGUCGAUCUUCUUCUCAUUCUUUUGGUGGCCGAGGCAGAUCCUCUGGUUCUAGACCUUUUGGUCGUGGUUUUCAAGGCAGGUUUCAAGGUCCUCCUAAGUCUAGUGGUGGUGUUGUUCCUGAGUGUCAAAUCUGCAGCAAGCGAGGUCACACCGCAGUCAAUCUCUACUUUCGCAAUUCGAAUUCCUCUUCUCCCGGGUCCUCUUCCACAAUUGAAUGUCAAAUCUGUGGCAAAAAGGGCCAUGGGGCUCUGGAUUGUUAUCAUCGCUCCAACUAUGUUUAUCAAGGUUCUCCACCACCUGCCUCCAUCACAGCCAUGGCAGCUCAAACUUCUUUCUCUCCUGAUGCUGUCUGGAUUGCAGAUAGUGGGGCCAGUCAUCACAUGGUACCUCAUAUGACCACAAUGGAUUCUGCUUCACCUUGCACCUCUUCCGAUCAAGUUAGAGUGGGAAAUGGGGAAGGACAAAGUCACCAACAGGGUUCUGUUCCACGGCAAGAGUGAUCAUGGCCUGUAUCCCAUCCCAUGCUCGGUUCCUUCUUCAACUCGUGUAGACAAUAAGCAGCCACAUAUGGCUUUU